ACAUGUAUUUAUCUCCGAUGACGUCACGAAGACUUUGAUCUUCCCCUAUUAACGGACUUUAUGGCGCUUUGGCUUUGUGUUUAAAGCGAGUCUCGCGCGCAGCCCGGUGACGUUAGGAGGUGAAACUGCGUCAGAGCGCGCGCUCUUUCCGUUAAUUCAACAGAAAAAGGAACGCGUCGUCUCGCGUUCGGGAAGAAGAAGAAUAAAGAUGACGGAGAACGGAGAGAAGGAGAGCGAGCAGCAGCAGCACCGGGUCCCGCAGCGCUCCCCGGGCUCCGGUACCGACCGGCCCGAGUCCAAGCUCCAGAAACUGAAGCGCUCCCUGUCAUUCAAGACAAUGAUGCGGAGCAAAAGCGUGGAGAACUUCUUCCAGCGGUCAAACAUCGAGAUCCUGCCCCCUGAUGACAGUGUCAUCACUACUGAGGAUCCUUCCUCAAUCAUUGAGUCUCCCUUCUGUGACUGCACUCUGACCCUCGACCGGUCCCCAUCCAUCAGUCCGAACUUGUCUCUGACUUCGCUUUCACCUUCCUCAAGCCCAUCCCUGUCAGCUAACUCCAACACUCCGCCUCCUCCUCAGCCACGCGUACAGAAAACACACUGUUUUCUGGAAUAUGUGUUUCGCCGACCCACUGUCUGUCAGCAGUGCAAGCAAAUGAUAACAGGGAAUUCAAAGCAGGGUUUGCGGUGCAGGACGUGUAAAAUAGCGGCUCAUCUGUGGUGCUCGUCGGAACUUUCACAGCAGGUGUGCAAUGGAAAGUCCGGGGCAUUCAAGCGGAACUUCAGCUCUCCACUGCUUACUAACGAGAUGUUUGCGGUCGUUAAAGAAGCCCCGCCCACUCAAGAACAGGGAAAAGGUACAGUGGACCCUGUGUAUGAAGCGCUGCGAUACGGGACGUCUCUCGCGCAGAUGAGCCGAACGAAUUUCAGCAGCAUCUCAGAGACGCCGGGUCAACAGAUUGAAGAGGGACAGGAGAAGUUAAACAGUGAAGCUGUUGCUGAAGCAGAGUGUGCUCCUGAGUCCGAGGUUGUGUCUCUGACUGAGAGUGAGAAGAGUGAGACAGAGGACAAGCUCAGUUUACAGCCCCCCAAGCGUGUUGAGCUUCGAGCCAUUCACACCUAUGUCGUGUUGUACAAGUUCCUGCCUCAAGAGAAAAACGACCUCGAGCUUCAGCCGGGCGAUCGUGUCCAGGUCCUCGACGACUCAAACGAGGACUGGUGGAAGGGGAAGAGUCGAGACAAAGUCGGAUUUUUCCCCGCCAACUUUGUCCAGCGAGUGCGUCCUGGAGAACGAGUGUGGAAGGUCACUCAGGGUUUCCAAGGCAACCGUGAGAUAGGUCAAAUGACUGUAAAAGAGUUACAGAUCUGCGUCGGGAAAGCGGAGGAGACGGACGGCUUUUUCAAGUUGACCAGCGGUAAGAAGAGAGGACUCGUACCCUCCAAGUGUGUAGUGGAGAUAUGAACAACCUUCCUGCCAUGCAGACACACACACACACGCACGCAACAACGGCAGGGACACACUCUCACACACCAGCAAGCAUCCCGGAAUGAAAGUGCCCUCGCUUCGCUCACUUCAUUUCACGCGGCUUUGAGACCAACUGACUCUGACCUCUGACCUCAGCGGCAUGUGACAAGUUUUGGAUUAGACAUGUGUUUGUGUUUAUGUGUGUGUGUGUUCACUGUAACAUUACAGUAGCAAACAGCAUCCACGUCAAAUCACAUGUGUGAGUGAACAUCAUAGAGAGAGAGAGAGAGAUACAUGGACUGUUUUUGCACUAAUAGGUGCAUGAUGGGAAAACAUGAAAUGGGAGGGGCUUAAAGGGAAGCCCAUUGUGAAAAACAUAGACUGAACAUAAACGCCUAGGAGUGAUAGGGUUCAUAUUUAUUUUAGUUUUUUUAAACGAAAGUGACGGCGUGAUCGAGCACCGCGUGCCCACCAUGGGACCACUAGGGGGCGUGCUGUUGAUGCUAGUAAAUUCAUGACCAUAAGGAUAAACAACAACAACACUUAAGGACCGAGAUCUGUUCUGUGAGUAUGAACAUGACGCGGUCUGGAUGCUGUUUAAACACCGUAUUAAUAAUGCUUGAUUAAUAAUGAUUUCCACAUCAUUUUAACUUAUUGUAACUUUCAAAAGCAGUGUUACCAUCACAACAUAGUUACAACUGUCUUACAACCAUCAUCCAACGUUUGGGCUCCUGCUAAACUGCAUUAGCUAUUUUCUAAAGACUACAGAUUUUUGAGAAAUAAAAAAAAUAAACAAUACUACUUUUUGAUCAAGAAAAAACUUACGGAAAACUAGACGAUGGUUUUAACGGAGCCUGAUACGCGACCUCAGGUAUACUGGCUGAUUGGCUCAAACGUCUCUGUUUAAACGUCUCCGUUAUACGCUUUAUAUACUGUAGAUAACCGUAUGCACAUUAAAGUCAUCUGUGUAGAAUUUACCAGAAAUUGAGUGAACCAUGAGUGGUGGAGUUUGUUUGUUUGUUUGUUUGUUUGUUUGUUUGUUUGUUUUUGGCAUUCUUGUUUUGCAAUAAUGUUAUGUGCUAACUGCUAGCAUUACAGGAGUGGUUUGAGAAUUGAAAAGCUGAAUCUCUGUUAUAGCAAAAACCCCUCCAAAGCAUGUAAGUAGCUUCAGUGGAACGACUGGCCUGACAGGGGAAAAGAUCACAAAAUCAGAAUUAGAUUCUUUAAUGUUAGCUGUUCUUUUUCAGCAGCCAGUUAUCUUAGCAAGCUAGCUCUCUAGCUUGUAACGUCACAGAGUACACUGAAUGCACGGGCUGUUUUACGCCACAGCAAUUCGCGAUUACGUCUAAAAAACAAGGUUCUGUUCUAAUGUUCCAGCCGGUUCCACUGGUUCCCUCUCCAGCCUCUGUCUUCUUCUUCUCUGCCUUGAAGAGGAUGAAUCGCGUAAUGUGCAUUUCCAUUCUAAGUGUGCAUCUGUCAUACGAAUUCCAGCUGUACAGUCAGCACCUGCUGACCAAUCAGAAGCCAGAAUUCUGCAGCACUGUUGUAUGGGUUGUGAUAAACACUGAAAUUUAUAUCUGUGCUGGUGCCGGACUUUCUGACCUCGGUGUAAACCUUUAGGGAUCUCAAUGUGAUGCCACUCACGGGAGUCUUUUUACUCCUGACUUUACAGUUUCAGCUUGAACCGAACAUCUGGAGACAAACU